UGGUUCGAUGAGGAAAAAGAAGCUAUCCUAGCUUUCUGCCAUUCUUUCUUUGUUCAUUUACUUUACAAGCGAAGAAUCUCUUCUGCCCUGUGCCACUUCCCCUCCUCCUGAGAUUCCUCUCUUGUUUCUCUCACCCUCUUUUCCCCACUAUUAACCAUCUCUAAUGCACCCUUCUCUCUCUAUCAUUGUCUUCCUUUUCCAUCCUUCUUCAGGGCUCUAACAUACAUAACAAGCUUCCCUUCAUCCUUAUGGCUUCUCCUUCUUCUGAUAUCAACCAUCUUUCACACCCUUGCAUAUAUGGGGAUUUUGUUUCUUCAUAUUCAGAGAGAAAGUCUGGGUUUAUGAAAUGGUUUGGUAAGAUUUUCAAAAUUGGAUCAUCAAGUAGAGGAAGGAGUGAUAGUAGUGGUCGUCAUCUACAGCAGCCUGCAGAGGAAAACAUGGUUUGGCGAGCACCUUCUAGAUCAUUGGAUGACCGUGCUAGAUCCCGGAAGGAUGAAGAGGAUUUGAACCGAGCAAUUGCACUUUCUUUAGGUGAAAAUUUCAAGAGACCAAAUGGUUAUAGAUGGCACACAGGCAGUGAUGAUAUUGAUGAUUACUCAAAGGCCCUUCAGGAUCGCAUGCACUCAUCUGCACAUCCUCCAUAUACACCUGCACCUUUAUAUCCCAGAGGAUAUAGUUUGGCAAAUGUAAGAAUAUGUGGAGGGUGCAAUCAGGAGAUACUAUAUGGAAAUUGUUUGGGAUGGAUGGAUACUUAUUUUCAUCCAGAUUGCUUCCGUUGUCACUCUUGUCGCCACCCUAUUACUGAACGCGAGUUUUCUUUGUCAGGGAGCCGUCCAUAUCACAAGACUUGUUUUAAAGAGUUAACACACCCUAAAUGUGAAGUUUGCCAUCAAUAUAUUCCAAUAAAUGCAGCUGGUUUGAUUGAGUAUAGGUGCCAUCCCUAUUGGUACCAAAAGUAUUGUCCAUCACAUGAGUAUGAUAAUACAGCUCGCUGUUGUAGUUGUGAAAGAUUAGAGUCGCGGAACGAAAAGUAUUAUAGACUGGACGAUGGACGGAUUUUGUGCUUCGAGUGCAUGGAAUCUGCUAUAACGGAUACUGGUGAAUGCCAGCCUCUAUACCAUGCCAUCAGAGAUUAUUAUGAAGGGAUGAACAUGAGAAUAGAUCAGCAAGUUCCUAUGCUUCUUGUGGGUAGAGAUGCACUUAAUGAAGCCAUUGUUGGGGAGAAGAAUGGUUUCCAUCAUUUGCCUGAAACAAGGGGUUUGUGCCUCUCAGAAGAGCAAACUGUCACCAGUGUACAUAGAUGGCCAAGAAUGGGAGGGCAUAGAUUCAUAGGAAUGAGAACUCAACAUCAAAAGCUGACUAGAAAAUGUGAAGUUACAGCUAUUCUUGUUCUUUAUGGUCUUCCAAGGUUACUCACAGGUGCUAUCCUAGCCCAUGAGUUGAUGCAUGCUUGGUUGAGACUUAAAGGUUACCGGAACCUUGAUGCGGAAGUAGAGGAAGGUAUUUGUCAGGUUCUAUCAUACAUGUGGCUUGAAUCAGAAGUGAUGCCAGGGUCUAGUAGAUACAUGCCAUCAACAUCAUCAGCAUCUUCAUCUUCUUCCUACUCCACAUCAUCAUCAUCAUCAAAGAAAGGAGCAAGGUCUCAAGUUGAGAACAAGUUAGGAGAGUUUUUCAUGAACCAGAUAGCCAAUGAUUCGUCACCAGCAUAUGGAGGUGGGUUUAGGUCUGCAAUUGAAGCAGUUAAUAAGUAUGGUUUGCGUUGUACCUUGGAUCAUAUUCGUUUGACUGGUCAUUUCCCACUGUAAUAAGUUAAGAGAGGAUGAACAUGAACAUGAACAUGCAUGUUGAUGUAUUGUAUGAGUGAGUGGGAAUGCAGUGUUUGAAGUUUGAUGUAGAAGCUGGUUUGGACAGUUAGUCCCUCUUGUUAUUUCAGGGUGUUCCUAUAACUAUAGUCCAAAUUCAGAUAAUAAUAUUCAUGCUUCAUUCCCUUGUUUCGAUUUA